AUGGUUAAUGCAAUUGUAAUUAUUAAGGGAUUGGGGGUUGAAGGAAAAGUAACAUUAUCUCAAGAAUGUGAAGGUAGUCCAAUUUACAUCAAUGGAACAGUUAGUGGAUUAACACCUGGUCAACAUGGUAUGCACGUCCAUGAAUUUGGCGAUACAAGUAAUGGAUGUAUUAGUGCUGGAGAUCAUUAUAAUCCAUUGCAUAGAGAGCAUGGUUCUCCUUUAGAUGUUGAACGUCAUAUUGGUGAUUUAGGAAAUAUUAAAGCUCUUUCAAAUGGUGUUGCAACAAUUUCAAUUAGAGAUACUAUAAUGUCUUUAUUUGGAGAUAUAUCUGUAAUGGGUAGAACAAUGGUAAUUCAUUCUGAUAGGGAUGAUUAUGGUAGAGGUAAUUUUCCAGAUUCAAAAACAGCUGGUCACUCUGGUAAAAGAGUUGGAUGUGGUAUUAUUGCAAAGAUUUGA